GUUUGACUCACUUAUAAAAAAAUAGAACAUUUCCGGUUUGGGCGUAACAGCAGGUUCUACGUAGUUAGAUGGCAGAUGAUCAAGAAGAUAUUUACGGAUUUUGGACAAUCUUGUAGCAUUUGCUGAUGCAUAGCCUAUUUUCAUCAGAACGUAGGGCCACAUUGUUCUUGUGUAUAGGAAAUAUUAAAUUUCUUAUACACAUCUGUGAACGUAUAUUUUCCGUAAAAAGGAUUUAAUUAUUUAUCAAAUGUGAGUGGCUUUUCUGUCGUUCAAAAAAGCCGAAGUAUAUCUUUUGAUUGAGAACAACUAGCUAUUUGUCCGUUAGAUAUUACUAUUUGUUUAAAAAAUUAUUACUAUACAUUUCUGCACAUAUCGUAAAAAAUACAAUGAAAAAUAGAAGGGAUUAAUAUAAAAAUAUCUAGGUUAAAUUAAGGUGAAAGAAAUAAUGUAUUGGUGAUACAAGUUGAAAUUUUGUUGGGAUCGUCUGGUUUUUACAUUAGGAAUUGCAUGCAAGCUAUUUACUAUACUUUAACAUGCGGAAGUGAUAAUUGAAUUAUCAAAAGUGUUAGUGAUUGCAUAAUUCUAAAAAAAAAUAAUUUUGGCAAAAUUCUAAUUUAGCACGAAUGGACAAUCAUGAUGGUGUGCUAUAAAUAGCAGUUAUUUGGUGAUGUCAAGUGAAUAGGGUGGGGUCACUACGCUCAUUGGUUAACGUUAAAGAGAAUUCAAAACGCGCGCGUGAUUGGUUGGUUGUGUAACCAUCCUGGGUGGGAUAUGCGCGGAAAUAUUGCGCAGGAGAAGACUCGCCAGUUGACCAUCAAGUGAUCGCCGUUGACUAAGAAGCGUAUAUUUUAAAUUGAUAGUUUUCCUGCUGAUAGAUUUGUAGCUUCUGUUACUUAAUUUCAAUAUCUGAAGUUACUUCUCAUUAGAAAAUGAAUACAAUUAUUCAAACUAUAAUUGAAGUAGAAAAGAUUUGAUAUAAAAAUCUUUUUGAAUUGGUAUUUGCAAUUUUGUGGUAUAGAUGAUUGUAUAGAAAUGAAAAGACGAUGAGAACAGCAGAGGAACAUAAUAUUAUAUUUGCGAAUAAUUAUCGGUGAAAAUAUAUUUAGAUUUGGGUAAUAAUCUUUUAUUAAAGAUUUCGUGUUCGUAGACAGAAAAAUCUGUUGGCUAUAUUUUAUGUGCAUGAGAAAGAUUCAACAAUAUGGCGGUAUUUACGUCAUGAUCCUAUGUUUGUACUUCAAUAUGCAUUAAAUCGACAAGAAUAUCAUCAAAAUGCCACGUAUAGAUCCUCUAUCUUUAUUGAAAUGUCUUAGUGUCUUAUUGGGACCAACUGGAGGUAUUAAAAGUAAAGAAGAAGUUCAUCGGUUGGCUAAUUUAAUGACAAAAUUUUCAAAGAAGCUUGUUUCAAAAUGCAUUUACAUACAAAUAUUAAAAACUACAAAUACUGAUUUACUUAGUCAAUUUAUGGGUGCUGGAGGAUGGAAUCUCAUUCAUAUGUGGCUUACAGAUGGCAUUCUUGCAAAGAAUUGGGCUUUAAUUCAAGAGCUUCUAGAACUUUUGUUGUUAUGUCCAGUAGACAUAGAAAGAUUAAAAAGUAACAAUUGUCCUAAAUUAAUAAAAGGUCUAUCAAAAGAAGGUAGUCAUCAAGGUGUUAGAGUGUUAGCUAGUCGAUUGGUUGAACAGUGGUUAAAAAUAGUGAAAGGAGAAGCUGCACCAAAUUCUGUGCCAGCACAAAUCAUGACUAUUCCAAUACAAACUACUGGAGUUAUAGGACAAAGUUUGGUAUCUCAAUCAACGCAACAACAGUAUUCUAUUCAUUGUGGUAUUCAACAAGUCUCGGAUACAGAAAAUGCAACAGUUCAAGUGCAAGAUUUGCAAUUUAUUCCAAAUUCCACAUCAACUAUUGCAGUCUCUCACAUUCAUCAGCAGCAGCAGCAACAACAGCAGCAGACACAAUCUCAAGAACAGCAACAGAUUCAGGAGAGGACAACUGUGCAACCUCUACAAUUGCAAGUUGUCAGUAAACCACAGCAAAUGCAAAUACAACAAUUGUCAUCACAGCAAUCAAAAAAGCCAGCAUUUGUUGUGGUAUCUGCAUCUUCACAAUCUCCAGUUCCUGUGUAUAAAAUUACAAUUCGUGAAGGCAAACAGAUUCUUACAAAAGUGGAGACGGACGCUACAAAUAUUAAUAGUGUUUUAAAUACAAAUAGUACAAAUGUAGAAGUUAAUGGAGAUGUUGUGGAGGAUUCUCUUCCUGUGAAACAAACUUCUGAGGAAAUAUCUGCAGAACUCAGUGAUGGUGUAGUCAGUGGUCAAGAUUGUGAAAAAGACAUUGCACAAUCUGAAAAAUUAGACCAGGUUUCAAGUGAAGUGAAACAAACUGUAGUAGAUUCCAUGGAUAGUCCUGAUGUGGAUAUUGUUAAAAAUAAAGAAAGCAAAGACAUUAAAGAUCUUAAAGACAAUAGUAAUAGUGAAAAUAGUAAAUCUAGUAAUAAAGAAAAUCGAGACUCUUCUAAAAAAGAUGACAAAAAGUCUAGUAGUUCAGACAAGAAGAGUCAUAGCUCAUCUUCAUCCUCCAAAAGUUCUUCUAAACAUACCUCAAGUUCCAGUUCACAUCGUUCUAGUUCCAUAUCUUACAAAUCUAGUAGUCAUCGUUCUAGUUCUAGUAGUAGUAGUUCAAAAAGUUCUAGUUCCAAGGAUAAGUCUUCCAAGGACAGACAUCAUUCAUCUAAUUCAUCCAGUAAACAUAGUUCUAGUAAAAAUAAAUCUGACAAAGAGCGGGAAAAGGAAAAACAGAAAAAGGAUCAGGCAGAAAAGGAUAAAGCAACAUUAGAGAAGGUUCAAGGACAGGCAUUAAGUUCAAAAUUUGGAAAAAUACCUAAAAAGAAGUUGGAAGAAGAAAAAUCAGGGGAUGCAGCUAUAAGGAAAUCAUCAACAGAUUCUCGGGAUAGUUCUAAAGAAAAUAAGACUGAUUCAAAGAAAGUUACUGCAGUGCCAGAGAAAAAGAACAUUUCUAUUUCUAUUGAAAGUAGAAAGAAUUCUCAAGAUUCCACGACACGGCCAAAGACUGUGAAAACAUUUAACUCUAAAUUCAGGUCAACAGGUUUAGAAGAAGAAGUAAAACCACCACCACCAAGAUCAGUAAAGAAAUCACAUCCCGUUGUUGACAAAAAGACGGUACCUCAGAAAUUACCUACCUUGAAAAGGCCAUCUCCACUUAGAGAAGCUAUACCAUCAGAUAAACGAGCUAAAGUAUCAUUGGAUUCACCAACUACACCUCCAAGUGACGAAAAGAAGGGAGGCAUCAAAUUAAUACCACCAAAACCAAAACCAAUGGUUUUACAAGAAAGCGAUAUGUUUAUGGAUGCUUUGACUGCAUCUACGAAGAAUAAAGAACCAAGAAAAAGGAAGCGAAGAACAUCCAUUACGAAAGAUGGUCCCACGGAAGCUAAAAAACAAGAAACUGCCAAUAAUGAUAAUCGUGAUGUUACACCUCCACCCACCUCACCACCAAGUGCCGAUGAAAAAUCACCCGUAGUUGUCAAGCCUAACUUUAAGUUUUAUCAAGAUACAUUAGAGACAGAUGAAGAUAAAGAACAUAAAGAGAGGGAGAAUUCAGACGAAGAGAUGAAAAAAGAUAAAGAAGAGGCAGCGGACGAUCAGAAAGAAAACAGGAUAUUCAAAUCGGACAUUGAUGACGAUGCUAGAAGUAACACACCAACACCGGAAGCUGAUAUGGAGGAGAAGAUAUCCGAUUCUCUAGAAGAUAUAUCUUCCAUAUCUGAUUCAAUGAAAAAGGAAAAUAUUGGUUCUUAUCCAGAAAUACGAUAUGUUGAUGGCCUGAGAAGCGUUUUGUUACUUCAAAAACGCAAAGGGCCGAAGAAAGUAUUAAAAUGGAAAACAGACUUAGAAUCGGUGCGUUAUUUUGAGUUGGAUGAAACGGAAAGGGUGAACGUAACGAAAACGUUUACUGAUAUGAAACAAAUGGAAAAGCAAAAUGAGAGAGAAGCAUUCCAAAUGGCCAGAAAAUUAAGUAAUGAAGACUUAAUGGAAGAAAGAACAAGAUGGAAACCUUUGAUUCCAAUUGAUUUACCGCCACCUUUAGUAGAGCCUGGAAAGGAUAGUAGAGAAAAAGAUAUUCAAUAUGCUAGAGAAAAAGGAAUUUUACAAGCACUAUACUUCAACCGAAGCAUGAUUCCAGACUCUGCGGCAGAACCUGACGAAGAACGUCAUCAUGUAUAUAGUGAACCUAAAACCAUUCCUUUGGACGAUCUCACAGGAAAUAAGGAAAGUGAAAAAGAUUUUACUUCCAUGCCGUGGCCAGAACCAAAACCUCAGUUGCAACCUCAAACACCAGCAGUUUCGAACUUCCAUUAUCCAUCAUUUCCACAUAAUCAACAGCCAGUAAUGACAUCUAUGGGCCCUCAAAGUUCAAUGGGCCCAAUGCCACAAAUGUCUCAGCAAAUUAUGGGAGCUUCUCAUAUGGGCCCAAUAGGUCCUGAAAUGGGAGGUCCAAUGACUGCUGGAGGAGGAGGCGGUUGGAGAACUGGAGAUGGAAAAGUUGUUGUACCUGAUGGAAUGGGAAUGAAUAUGCCAAAUGCAUUUCCACCAGGAAUAGAAGGUGGUCCAAUGGUACCACCUGGUAUGAUGGGACCACCACCUAUGUAUAAUCAACAACAAGACAGUUAUGGUAUGAUGGGACCAGAAGAUAUGGGAUUCAAUAACAUGAAUCCAAAUAAUUUCCAAGGUCCUCCUGGUCCUUUAUACGGCCCUGGGCCUAACUUUCAAGGUCCUAGAGGUGCUGGUCCAAUGCAUGGUAGAGGUAGAGGUGUUCCUGGUCCUGGAUGGUAUAGAGGUGGUGGGGGUCCACCAGGAAGAGGUGGGUGGAGGGGUGGAGGCGGUGGAUGGAGGGGGAACGGAAAGCAACCACCCGUAUGCAGACAGUUUUCAAAGAAUGGCUAUUGUAGAGUCGGUGACAAAUGCCAAUAUCUACAUCCCGGAGUGAACUGUCCACCAUUUUGAAAAUAAUGAUUUAUUUGAUGUUUCUGCAGUAUAAUAUAUAAAUGUUCAUUCUAUUUGAAAUGAAUCAAUGGAAAUGAACGGUCCUACUAAAAUGAUCAAAUCAUAUUAAAUUCAAGCUCACAUUAGUUAAAAGAAUUAAUAAUAAUGUGCAAUCUUUUAUUAAUAACGCAAAGAAUUAAGCACAUGAUAUUUAUACACUUACAUUUUCAUAAGAUUUGAACGAUAUUCGAUAAUUUUCAAUUUAUUUACAUCGCAUAAUGAGAGAUAAUAUAAGAAAAGGCGUAAUAAAUUUAUUUUUCGUGGUUUAUACUCUUACAAGUUCAGGUUUGAAAAUUGCUUUAAAUUUCAAAUGACAAUGAGAAAACAAUAGCUUCAUCAGCUGCUGGACAGUAAGAGAUUCUUAGAUAUCAAUUUUCAUUAUGAUUUCAAAUAGAUAUUUUUAAAAAUUUAAGAAAACGUCAACAAUACGUUUAUUUAUCUAUUUCCAGAACAAUGAAAAUUGGGGCACAUCAUGUAAAAUGAAAUUUCGAUUAACGUCUUCCCUUUAUGUUUGCGAUUUACAGAUAGCCACUGCCGAAAGAAUGAUUUAUAUAAUCAAAGGGAUGGGAUUGCUGUAAAUUUUAAUCUUAUUGGCACGACGAAUAGUGAUUUCAAAGUAUGAUGCUAUUAAGCAGGAAAUGCGAAUUCCGAUUUAAGAAGCAUUUGUCUUUCAAAUUGCCAGUUGGGUGUUUAAUCGCUUUCUAUUAAUGAAUAUAUGUAAUUAAAAUGCUGUUAAAACAAAUUAAACGUAAUAUACAAUGGUAUAUUAUAACACCAAAAGUUCAAAUAACAAUUUAAAUAACUUUUUAUUAAAUUAAGAUAUCUUACAUUUAAUCAUGUAUGUAGAUUGAUUGUAAAUAUCAUAAUUGUAUCAUUUUGUAUAAAAUGUCGCGAGCUCUAAUAACAAGAGACUGUUUUAGGCUUAAAUGGUAUGUAAUAAUAUAAAAGAACAACAAUUUUUAGCAAAAAUGUGUAUGUAUGAUUUGAAUAGUUAAAUGCAGAUCUGAUGUUCAUAGAGUACAUUUUCAUUUAUAAGUUUGAUUGUGUGCUCCAUGAAAUAGAUCGCUGAUAUAUUAUUAUAGUAAAUAUUUUUUACGAAUUAAGGGUAGUGGUUAUUUUUUUGUAUAUGAUUGAUCGUUAUGUUUAUAUGUAAUAUCGAUUGUUGUAUAAGAGCUGCUUGAUGGAAUACAUGAGUCAUACCUAUUUUCUAAAA